GUCAUGUUGCAAGUGAGAGAAUGUCUGCUCUCGCUGUUAUUCGCGCAGAGCUAGAUAUGUGAUGGUGCUUUGGGGGAAGGUAGAUUUUGAAGUGAAUUUUACUAUUUCUUAGAAGAAUAUUUAUUUCUUUGUUUUGUUUUUCCCCUAGUGAAUGAUAUUAUGAUUCUACAGUCCUGUUGUCACCCAUCCUAGGAUUUAUUCCCCUUUUCAGAGCAGCAUAGCCUCUUCAACUACGAUCCUAGGAUUCAGUAUUUCCAUAUACAGGCGUUGACGUCAUUCUCAUAAAAUAUUUGUUUGAUUACUAAUCUUACCGAGUGAAAAUCUCUGUGAUUUUACCAUUGUGAAAAAGUUCCUCUUGUAUAUAUGUAUCUAUAAGUGUAACAACCAACAAAUUAAGAAAACAUGAUACCAACAAUUGGAUUAGUCCUAAUUUUUCUGUCACUGAACUGUGUAAAUGAGGUACAAUCAGACUGUGUUAUGAAUGACUUUUGUGGUGAAAAUGAUUUCGGUGAUGCAACUUGUUCCUAUAAUGGAACAGCUAAAUUAUUAGAUGAUGAAGAAUCUUUAGAAAUUUUAAAAGAAAUUUGUCCAGAAAUGUUACGGGAAACAAAUUAUUUAUGCUGCAGUCCAAGUCAAAUUUCGCAACUUAAGAAUAAUUUAGAAAUAGCAGCAACUCUAGGACUAAGUCGCUGCCCAUCCUGUUUAGUUAAUUUUAAGAAAAACUUCUGUCAGUUUGCCUGCUCCCCAUCACAAAGUGAGUUUUUGAAGGUCGAAAGAUAUGGCAAAAGUGAUGAAGAUGAUUUAGUCAUUGAAAGCAUCACCUAUUACAUGUCAAAAACGUAUGCCUAUGGAAUGUUUGGUAGCUGUCGAAAUAUUCAAGGUUUAACUCCAGGUUCAACAGUAUUAGACUUGAUGUGUGGUAGUCAUGGAAGAGAUUGUACUCCUGAGAGUUGGCUCGGUUUUAUGGGUUCAACUCCUGAUGACAAUGGGUUCAGUCCUUUCCAAAUCAAUUAUGUUCUUACAACAGAAAAUCAUGUAACAAUUGAUGGGAAAGUAUUUACACCAAUGAAUGAAUCCACUACCUCAUGUGCUGAGAGUCCAUAUCCUGGAGCUGAAACUUGUACUUGCUUAGAUUGUGAAGAAGCUUGCCAACUUAACAUGGCUUCUCCUAAACCAUUGCCUGCUGAAGAGAAACCAUUCAUGUUGUUGCAUCAUGACGGAAUUUCAGUUUUGUGCCUGAUAGUUUUUUGUGUAGUUUCCGCGACCCUUCUUUUAGGGUUUUUCUAUUUCAAAGUGCAGUCUAGAAAAUCUUUGCGUUCAGGUGAUACAGAUGUUAAGAUGGAAAGAAAAGGAUCUUCACAUCGGCCUUUGAUUCUAUUGAAAUCAUGUUCUCCCUCUGCAUCAGGGGUAGACUUAGGUUCUUUAGAGGAAGUGGAGCCUCUGCGUUCUAAACGGUCAAUUAUACCUAGUCAAGUUGUGGAAAAACCUGAAGACCUAACAGAUUCUAAGAAACCUAGCAAUGAAAACACUCAUCAGGUACCUGAGACUGAAAUUAUAUCAGAUAUCUCAUUCCUACAAAAACUGGGUGCAUCUAUUGAAAGACACUUAGAGGAAAGUUUCUGUGAAUGGGGAACUUACGUAGCAGAGCGUCCACUUUCUGUCAUGUGCCUUUCAUUACUUGUUAGCUUUAUUUUGGCUUCUGGUCUUUUGUUCCGUUUUUCAGUCACAACCGAUCCUGUUGAUCUGUGGGUCUCGAGAAGCAGCCAGGCCAGACAAGAUAUGGAAUAUUUUAACAAACAUUUUGAACCAUUUUAUCGAGUGGAACAGAUGAUCAUUACUCCAAAGAACAAGACUUCAUUUGUUCAGAGUAUUAAGGAAAAGACUGGAGUAAAUACGUACACCUGGGGUUCAGUUUUUCACCGUGAUUUUCUUUUAGAGGUACUUGAUUUACAAUUGUCUGCAGAACAGUUGGUUGCAACUGUUGAAAAUAGAACAAUAACUCUUAAAGACAUAUGCCAUGCUCCUCUAGCACCUUUAAAUACUAACUGUGCUGUUCAAAGUAUCUUUGGGUACUAUCAAAAUCAACGAGAACUGUUAGCAGACACCAACUUUGAUUAUUUAGGUCAUUUUAAAGAAUGUGCUGGCUCUAUGGGAGAAAUUAAAUGUUUUGCACCCUAUGGAGGCCCCUUGCAAUCCACUGAAGUAGCAUUAGGUGGUUUUCAAAAUUCUGAAUAUUACUCAGCUACUGCCUUGAUCAUUACAAUUCCAGUUACUAAUCAUUAUGAUAACAAACUUAACAGAGAUGCAUUAGAGUGGGAAAAAGUUUUUAUAAACUUCUUAAAGGAUUAUAAAUCUGAUAAUCUGACUAUUGCUUUCAAAGCUGAGAGAUCUGUUGAAGAUGAGUUGGAGAGAGGAAGUCACAGUGACAUAGUCACAAUAGCAAUUAGUUACAUCAUUAUGUUUGUCUACAUUGCUGUUGCUCUAGGCGAAGUUAAUACCUUUAAGAGCAUGUUGGUUGAUUCAAAGAUCUCCUUAGGUUUUGCUGGUGUUUUAAUUGUGAUUGUUAGUGUUGUUUCUUCCCUUGGAAUAUUUUCUUUUGCUGGUGUGCCAGCCACAUUGAUUAUAAUUGAAGUCAUCCCUUUUCUGGUGCUUGCUGUUGGUGUUGACAACAUCUUUAUUUUAGUACAAGCAUAUCAGCGUGAUGAAAGGCAACCAGAGGAAACAGUAACUAAACAAAUUGGUCGAGUUGUUGGUCAAGUAGCACCAAGCAUGAUGUUGUCUAGUCUUUCCAUGUCAAGCUGUUUCUUUAUUGGGGCCUUGACCGAUAUGCCGGCUGUAAAAUUAUUUGCUCUCUAUGCUGGAGUAGCUUUGCUAAUUAAUUUCUUUCUCCAAAUGACAUGUUUUCUAAGUCUUUUUACUUUGGAUGUAAUAAGGCAAGAAAAUCACAGAUUGGAUCUCUUUUGCUGUAUUAGAACAGCGAAACAAGAUAAAGUGAAUACCAAAGGUGUUCUUUACAAGUUUUUUAAGAAUGUCUAUGCCCCUUUGUUAUUGAAUAAUUUUUCAAGAGUCCUUGUGCUAAUUGGAUUUUUUGGUUGGUUAUGCUCAUCCGUUGCUGUUUUAAACAAAGUAGAUAUUGGAUUGGACCAAGAAUUGGCUAUGCCCGAGGAUUCAUAUAUGUUGAAUUACUUCCGAUAUCUGAGUAAAUAUCUUUCCGUUGGCCCACCUGUUUAUUUCGUCAUAUCAGAUGGAUACGACUAUUCAAACGAAAGUUUACAAAAUAGCAUUUGUGCUAGUCAAGGCUGUGAUGAUAACUCAAUAAUGGUACAGUUGAAGUGGAUGGCAGAUCGAAGUAACAGGACUUACAUUGCAUUGAGUCCUGUGAGCUGGCUUGAUACUUAUUUUGAGUAUAUGCAUAGCCAAAGUUGUUGCUAUCACAAAAAUAAUACUCAUUGCCCUGCUGAGUCCAAAACAAAAGAAUGCCAGUCCUGUAGCAUCCCACGAUCUCAGCGACCUGUAGGAGAUUUAUUUAACAGAAAUCUUAAAUAUUUCUUGCAAGAAACGCCUAGUCAGUUUUGCUCAAAAGGAGGACGAGCUCAAUUUGCAGGGGCUGUUGAACUUCAUUCAGAUAACGGAGUCACUGUCGGUGCAACAAAUUUCAUGACUUACCACACAAUACUGAAAACGUCCAAAGACUUUUAUGAAGCCUUACGAUGGUCUAGAAUAAUAUCAGAGUGGCUGACUGAAAAAAUACAAAACAAAACUUCAUCUAGUAAUGUUAGAGUAUUUCCUUACAGUAUUGUACACCCAUUUUUUGAGCAAUACCUUACAAUGUGGCCUGAUACCUUCCGAAGUCUUUCAUACUCUAUAUUGGCCAUCUUUGUAGUGACAUUCCUCUUCCUUGGCCUAGACAUUUAUUCAGCACUCAUAGUCGUCAUAACAAUUGUCAUGAUUAUCGUCAAUUUGAUUGGUCUCAUGUUUUGGUGGAACAUUUCUUUAAAUGCUGUGUCUCUGGUCAAUUUAGUUGUUGGUGUUGGUAUAUCUGUUGAAUUUUGUUCUCAUUUAACACAUUCAUUUGCCAUUAGUCCUGAACCAACAAGAGUGAAGCGAGCUCAGUCUGCUCUGCAAAGAAUGGGUAGCUCUAUUCUGUCUGGCAUUACUCUUACAGAUUGUGGAAUCUUAGUAUUAGCAUUUGCCAAAUCCCAAAUUUUUCAAAUAUUCUACUUUCGCAUGUAUUUGGGAAUAAUUGCUUUUGGCACAUUGCACAGUCUUAUCUUUUUACCAGUACUUUUAAGUUUAAUUGGUCCUCCAGUUAAUAAACAAAAGAUGUACGAUCACAUACAUCUUCAAAAUAUAGCAUCUCGGUCCAGGAUCACCCCUGCAAAUGAUGCAUCCAUGUAGCAUGCACCUUUUACCUGUGAUUACAAAGCUGCUAUGUGAGGAAGUUCUCUAAUUCAUUAAACUCAUUUGUAAUAUAAAAAUUCUGAUUCAUUUGUCAUUGUAUCUCAUUAUUCUGACAUUCCUCCUAGCGUUCUACUAUAUUCCACUUCAUUUUAGCAUGUUAAUGUGCUAAAGAAGUUUCAUGAGUUGAAAAAAGAGAAAGUAUUACUGCAUACAUGUUUGAUGUGAUAUGUAAAGCAUAUCAUGCUUUUCGUUACUUCAUUUGUAUCUCUUAUUGAAUGUUUUCUUUUAUUUAGAUCAAAUGAGGCAUUUGGUUUCAACUUAUUCACUAAUUAAUUUUUUUUUCUCUUUUUCAAAACUGAUUUAUUUAGUGUUUUGAUUAUUUUUUAUAUCCUUUGAAAUGCUGCAAUAAAAAAAAGUUGUUUUUUUCUUCUUUUGAACAAGUUCCAAUUCACUUCUAUGAAAAUAUUUCAAAAACAAAAUAGUUAUUAUUUCUUUCAAAACAAAUCUUUAAAAAAGAAAGAGAAUGAAUUGUACUCUAUUUGUCAUCUCAAACUUAAAACCAAGGAAAUUCUUCGAGAUUAUUAUUUCCUAUUAUUAUUAUCAUCAUCGUCAAAAAGAUUAAAUAAAUCCAAGCCAAUUCUAUCCUAACUGCUAGUUUAAAUUACAAGUAAUCUAAAAUGUUUUUUAAGUGACAAAAACUAUCUUACAUGGAUCAUAGACUUUGUUUCUUUUGAAAAACAUUUACUCGCCUUCAACAUCGAUAGUUGAUUCUUCAUUAACUGGGAUGAUCAAAAAGUGUUCUGCCCUAAAUAAGUGGAUAUCUUAGAUCAAAUUAUACAUAUUUUCAUUAAAAAAUUAGAAAAAAAAUAGAACAUUGAUAUAGAGUUAAAUUCUUUUCCAUUAAUAAAUGGAAAAGACAUUUAAAUUUUACUCGUUGCAUUUAGAUAUACAUUUACUUGUACAAUAUAUAUAGUCUCGGGGUUGACAAGACCAUUGCAAUAGAAAAAAUCAAGGAAUGCAGUCUUCAUGCGUAUUAGGAUUUUUAUUUUAUUUUUGAGGGAGGGGCAUCUCGGAUAAUCCAAUACCGGUUGAUGAAAAGUUUACCUAAUUGUAUUUUUCUUUACCGUUUUCUGUAUGUUUUUGAAACCAAAUGCCUCAGCUAUUGGCUUCAUCUUUUUAGAGUAGAAUUUAAUUUAUUUUUUAAGUUUUUUAUCGACUAAAAAUGUUUGAUUCUAUUUUGUUAGUACUUUUUGUCUUUUUUUUUUAAGUAUUUGAAACAAAAACUUAAUUAUAUCCUGCCUCAUAUACAUUUGAACUAUAUUUUUAAUAAUUUUUGUUACCAACUAUAAAUUUUAUUACCAAAUCAAAUUGAAAUGCUUGCUGUGGAUCGAGUUGAUGUUCACAAAGCUUAAUAUUGUAAUUGAAUUGUGAAACAAGAAAGCUCAUGCUGUGCCUAAUAACAUUUAUGUAAUAAGAGUUUAUAUUUGUGACUGGAAAAAAAAUUGCUUUAUACUCUGUAUUGCUCGUCCUUUUUUAUAUUUUAUGCGUCAUUUUAAUUGAUGUGUGGAAGGAAAUAUUCUAUGCAAACCUGUCUUUUAUUGAAAAGUCAUAAUCGUAUAUGAAAUAUCCUGAAAUGUUAUAGUAGCUUAAUUUCUUGAGCUUCAUAUAAUCUCAUUAAAUAUUGUAGAAAUCUAAGAAAUAUGAAUUAGGAUUAAAGAAAGAAAAUUUUAUUUUUUGAAUAUAAUAGAAAAUAAUUUAUAAUUUAAUGGACAUUCUAAUUUAUACUCAUUCAUAUUUAUUUUUAAUAAUUUUUUCAAUGUUGUAAUCGUUUUUAAACUGUUCUGUGCUUUAUCUAGAGCUCAAAGUGUCAUUGUUUGAUUGCAUUUUUUUUAAUUGAGCGAUGAAACCAUAAUUGUCUUUGUGCACCAAAUUAAAAAUGGUGACUUCACUGGUCUCUUAUUUAUUAUUUUGUAGUGUAACAUCAUAUGCUGUAUGAAUAAAAUAGUUUCAAGUAAUUUAUAAAAAAA